AAUUCAGUGUAAAUGAUCAUAAAUAUUGUAUAUACUGUAAAAGAAAAAUGAAACUCAAAAUCUGUAAAAGAAGCGAUCUUAGCUUCUCUUGAGACAAUCAUAGGUUUCUUUUGGCAGAAAGCAGAAAGACUGAAACCCUUACCGAACAUUUUUAUGGUUUUUUUUUUCUUUUCCUCAAUAUCCUAUCUGAUUUUCUGUCUCUGGUAAUAGCAAGAAGACAAUAGCAACCAACCAUGGCUGCUGGCAACAAGUUCGCUAGAUUUUUGCAUAAACACACCAGCAAAAUCACUGUUAUUUUAGUCUACGCUGUGCUUGAAUGGAUCCUCAUCUUCCUCCUCUUACUCAACUCUUUCUUCACUUACUUGAUUACUAAGUUUGCCAAUUAUUUUGGCCUUAAACCACCUUGUCCCUGGUGUUCUAGAGUUGACCAUGUCCUGGAGCCCGACAACAGCAACUCCUCAAACUCUUACAGGGAUCUUGUCUGUGACAAACAUGGUUCCGAGAUUUCCAAAUUGAGUUACUGUUCAAGUCAUGGGAAACUAGCGGAAACACAUCUGAUGUGUGAGGAAUGCUUGGCUUCUAGGCCAACGCCUAGUGACGGUAAAUCCAUUGGAAUGACAAGGAGGAUUGCUUUCAUUUCAUGGGUGAGUGGUGAUCCCAAGCUUGACAAUGGUGAAAAGGUUGUCCCUUGUUCUUGCUGCAAUGGCACCAAACUUCAUCCUCCAUAUUUCCUGUUCAAACCUAGUUGGGGUUCUUCGGAUUGUGCAGAAAAAGGAAGUUUGAUAAUACAAGCAAUCGAAGAUGAUGAUGAUAACGAUGGCAGUGAAAGCGAUCAGUGCAAAGAUGGUGAGGAUAUGAUUGAGAUUAAACUCAACAACCAAGAUGAUGACAACCAAAACGAUCAAAGGGCUAAGUCUGAGCCUCAGGUGCUUUCUGUUGUUGAAAAAGAUGUACAUCAAGAUGACAGAUCAGACGCCGUCAAUAUUUCAGAGAAGCAUUUCAGCAGUGCCACAAGUGGAAUCGUUGAACCUUGUUUUGCUGGAGAUUAUACGCUAGACUUCAUUAAUCUGCAUCAUCAGAAAUGUGUUUCAGAUCGCUUAUUUCCUGUUGAAUUAAUUGAUUUAUCAACAUCUGCAAGCCAUUUCUCAGAAAAGCAAGAUAAUGGAAGUGAAACUAGUGAUUCUUCUAAUGAAGAGACACCAUUACAUGCUAUUGAUGAGAUUGCAGAGACUAUUACCAGUCCCAGGGAGGCUGAAAACCUGGAGCUAGAUCAUCAACUAGACAAGAAUGAUCUUAAUUUAAUGGCUGAGAGACCAAUUUCCGAGACCACAUUGUUAAGCACUCAAGACUCUGAUCUGCCUCAAAUUCAAGUGUCAGAUUCUUCAUUGCAAUGCUUACAAGAAGAUGGCUUUUCAACGUUUAAGGAUCAAGCUAAAGGUGUUGAUGCUCCUGAAUCAAGCAAGACUCAAAUUCUUGGUUUUACACUAGGUACACAUGAAGAGAAGAGCACAAUGGAUGAGAACGGAGAAAGGAUAAACGCUUCUUUAUCGGUUCAUACGGAUUGUAACAACAACGAAGCAGAGGAGGAAAAGUUCCCUGACACUCCAACUUCAUCACACGAAGGUAUGCAUUACUUGCAUAAUAAACUGCUAUUCUUCGGGAAAAGACAAUCGGGUAUUGAGGAGUCUUUAGAUGGGAGUGUAGUAACUGAGAUGGAAAGUGGUGAUCCGGUUCGAACCAUUGAAAGGCUGAAAACUUCCUUAAAAGCUGAAAGAAAGGCAUUGAGUGCUUUAUAUGCAGAGCUUGAAGAAGAGAGGAGUGCCUCUGCAAUUGCUGCAAAUCAGACAAUGGCCAUGAUAACACGGCUUCAAGAGGAGAAGGCGGCAAUGCAAAUGGAAGCUUUGCAGUACCAGAGGAUGAUGGAAGAACAAUCUGAAUAUGACCAAGAGGCCCUUCAACUACUAAAUGAGCUUAUGAUCAAACGAGAGAAGGAGAAGGAAGAACUCGAGAAAGAAUUGGAAAUUUACCGCAAGAAGGUUCUCUAUUAUGAGGCCAAAGAAAAGACGAGGAUAAUGAGGAUAAGCAAAGAUGGAAGCUUGGGAAGUGGGAAAUCUUCGGCUGCUUGUAGCUAUGCGGAGGAUAACGACGAGCUAUCCAUAGACCUGAAUCGUGAAGCCAAAGAUGAAGAUAACAGCUUCUCUGGCAACCAAGAGAGCAGCAGUGAUGCAGUUGGUAACUUGGAAGAAAUGGCACUGGAUUGUGUAAACCAUCUAAGUGCCCUUGAUGAAUCAUUGACAGAAUUCGAGGAAGAGAGGCUGUCCAUCCUGGAUCAGCUUAAGGCAUUGGAAGAUAAGUUACUAACUAUGGGGGAUGAUCAAUUCAUGGAGGACUUGAAAUCAAUUCAGAAUUCCUUUGAUGGUCUUGAUGAGAAGAAUGACCUGCGCAGCAAAGAAGGUAAUGGAUUUUCAAAAGAAACAAGUUGUGGCAAAACAAUGGCUUCCAUGGCAAAGAGUCUCCUUCCUUUCCUGGAUGCAGCUGAUAACGGGACUGAAGAAGGAACGAUGUAUGGAAAACAAGGAGAAUCUGAUUCUGAACCGGUAGUAAUGCAGACAUAUCCUGGUCCAGAACUGGAGUUGGACCCCAAGAAACUUGCAAUUGAAGAGGAGGUGGAUCAUGUUUAUGAGAGGCUACAAGCACUUGAAGAAGACAAGGAAUUUCUCAAGAACUGCAUGAGUUCCAUAAAGAAAGGAGACAAAGGAAUGGAUCUCCUACAAGAAAUCCUGCAACAUCUCCGAGAUCUGAGAGCCGUUGAACUCCGAACAAGGACCUUGAGUGGUGAUGUGCAAGGGUGAUCUUAGGCUUGCCAUGCAUAAAAGGAAUCACCUGGACCUAGUAAUUUCAUAUAUAUUCAAGUGUCUAUAGGGAAUAUCUCCAGAUUGAUGGGGAGAUUCCUUAUCUUCCUUCCUUUUGGGCUUACAAGAAUGAUGCAAGUUCCCAAAAUUGGAAGGAUCUCCUCUUUAUCUGCCUUAUUUACAACCAAAAAAGAAAGGGUGGAAAAUGAAGGAAAACAUACCAUCUACCUGGGUUGAUCAUGUAGGGUAAGUCAGUUGAGAACCUAGUAGUUUUUCUUAUUUGUUUAGAUUUCAUUUACUCUUUUCUCCAUAAGGUUUGGAGGAAGAUUUGAAAGGAGAGGGAAGAAGGCUUUAUCCUUUACUCUCUUAGUAUUUGCAUCAGGGAAUGUUAUAUAGAUUUCAUGAAUUUUUUUUUCUUUUUUGGAACUCAAACAUAUGUGUUGACUUUCUAUAGCUUUGUAUGAAAUUAAUGUGUUCUUUCUUCUC